GGUGUUGUGGUAAAGAACAUGUCCUUCAAGGUGGGCCAGACCCUGACCAUCACAGGGAUCCCUAACUCUGACGCCACACAUUUUGUCAUCAACGUGGGCAACAGUGAGGAUGACCUCGCCUUGCACAUGAACCCUCGCUUCGACGCCCACGGAGACACCCGGGCUGUGGUGUGUAACUCCUACCAUGGAGGCAAGUGGUGUGAGGAGCACAGAGAGGGAGGAUUCCCCUUCAACCAGGGAGAGGAGUUUAAGAUAAAUAUCACCUUCACCAAGGAGCAGUUCCUAGUUUCUUUUCCCGACGGCUCUGAGAUCCACUUCCCCAAUCGCCAAGGAGACGAGAAGUAUAAAUACAUGCACUUCGAGGGCGACGUCAGGAUCCAGGGCGUCGAGAUCAAGUAGACCAGUCAGAGUGGAGAAGAAUCCUCCAUUAGGCACUCAAUUGGAUCUUUAGCUUUCUUGUCUGGCUGCUCAUUGGCUUUCCAGAGGUCCACACACACACACACACACACACACACACACA